AUGGCCUUGUCCACCGGACAUGUUGCCAGCCAGCUACGGCACCUCAUUUACUACCAACUCGACAAUAAUCUAAUUCGCAACGCACUUUUCCUUGCCGCGCGCCUCUACGCCUACGAACCGCGAUCAUUCGAAGCUCAGUAUCUGCUUGCCCUCUGCCACCUACACAAUGGAGAAGUGAAAGCCGCAUUUGAUGUCAGCCAGGUUUCGGGCUCGCGCGGACUACACGCCGGCUGCGCCUAUGUGUUUGCACAAACGUGUCUAGACCUGGGUAAAAACCUAGACGGUGUGACAGCUCUGGAUUGCAGCAAAAGCCUAUGGGUUUCAAAAAACCACUGGAAUAAACACAGCGAAACACAGCGACAGCAUCUUCCCGACGCUGCAGCAGUGUACUGCUUGCAAGGAAAGCUUUGGCACGCGCACAAGGAUCUAAGCAAAGCAGUGGACAGCUACGUGGAGGCACUUAAGCUAAACCCCUUCAUGUGGGAUGCGUUCUUGGGCUUGUGUGAGACCGGCGUCAAUAUCCGAGUGCCAAAUAUCUAUCAACUCAGCCCUGAACUGCUAGCAAUAAUCUCUUCUUCGCCAGAGGAAACAAUUUCGGUGCCAGACGACACUGGGGUCGAAGAAGCAAAAGUCGCCAUGCACCCUUCCGGUAGACCUGAAUCUGACCCUUUCAUGGUAUCUGCAUCUCGUGCUGAGCCUGAAACCACCUACGGGAGCUCUUCUCUUUGGCAAAAGCUGAAUGGCAGCUCUGCCAACGUUGGAUUGGUCGCACAGCCAGUAUUUCAGGAUGGAAUGGAGACACCAGGCGGACAGAGCAGUGGAUCCGAUGAAUUCCGCAUCGCCAACGGUGUAACUGAUCCAGACUCUACGUGGGAUGCACCAUUAGCUCCGACCCGAAAGACACGCACAAUCCAAACCAUGAGCCUUGAUCAUACAGGGCAGCCUCCACCACGGAUGCGCCCAACGGGCAUCAGACCCAGAUACAAAACACGAACAGAUCCAGAAGCUCAACCAACGACACAAAUGGAAAGAGAGCCAACCCUUACAUCGAGAUUUGGCGACCGCAAGCGCACAGUGUCUGGACAGGUCGCUCACCCCCUUCCCCCAUCACAACCCACCGAACCUGGAGCACCCCAGCGCCGAAGCGUUCGCCUAUUUAAUCAAAUCAAGCCCACCACAAGCAAGCUUUCAAAUAGCACACUCAGCGGCAGAGAUGUGGCAACCGAAAGCCCAUGGAAACCCCCCGACAACGAUGGCAAAGAUCAUCGGAACGGACUGACGCAAUCCCAUCAUCCCAUCCCCCCGCUGCCCAAAAAUGCCGAACAGACAAAAGAAAUGGAAGCCCUAGAUUGGCUCCUUGGUCUGUUUAGCAAGCUCGCAGCGGGACAUUUCGCAUUAAGCCGCUACAGGUGCCACGACGCCAUAGCCGCCUUCAAUUCCAUUUCAACAGGACAACGUGAAACGCCCUGGGUACUUUCACAACUUGGCCGGGCCAAUUUCGAGCAAGCAAGCUACACAGAAGCUGCCAAAUACUUCGCCCGAGUCCAGAAAAUGGCACCCUCCCGCCUCGAAGAUAUGGAAAUCUACUCAACCGUCCUGUGGCAUCUGAAAAGCGACAUUGAGCUGGCUUACCUAGCACAUCAACUGCUCGAGACUGAUCGGCUGUCACCUCAAGCAUGGUGUGCCAUUGGUAACUCUUUCUCUCACCAACGAGAUCACGAUCAAGCGUUGAAGUGCUUCAAGCGCGCUACGAUGAUCGAUCCAGAAUUCGCGUAUGCCUUCACCCUACAAGGGCACGAGUACGUCGCCAACGAAGAAUACGACAAAGCACUGGAAGCUUAUCGGGACGGCAUCAACGCGGACAACCGACAUUACAACGCAUGGUACGGACUUGGUACAGUGUAUGAUAAGAUGGGCAAGUGGGACUUUGCCGAGCAGCAUUUCCGCAAUGCAGCCAGCAUCAAUCCCACGAACGCCGUACUCAUUUGCUGCAUUGGCCUGGUUUUGGAGAAAAGGAAAAAUCCCCAAGAUGCCCUGGCGCAUUACAGCCGAGCCUCCCACCUAGCCCCCAACUCGGUAUUAGCCAAAUUCCGCAAGGCUCGAGUGCUGAUGCAGCUGCGUGAACACCACCUUGCUCUGGUCGAGUUGAAGGCUCUCAAGGACAUGGCGCCGGAUGAAGCAAACGUGCACUACCUUCUUGGCAAGCUAUACAAAGCACUCCAUGAUAGGCCCAGUGCCGUUAAGCACUUUACGGCGGCCUUGAACUUGGACCCAAAGGCUGCACAAUACAUCAAGGACGCAAUGGAGUCGUUGGACGAUGACGAUAUGGAGGAUGAGGACAUAGCUCACAAGAUAAAGACCUCCAUGGCUGGACUCCUUGUCUCAUCGCAUCCAGGUCUUCUAUUCCACCCAACAACCGUCACCAUGUCUUUCGGCUCUUAUAUUGUUUCAGGCGUGAGCUCCUUUGUGGUCAUAACAGUAUCUCUCUUCGCCAUUGGCCAGAAAGUGCCCCGUGCCGCCUUCGUCGCUCGCUGCCUUGCUUCGUACGGCUCCCUCCUUGUCGUUGCAGCAUAUGGCGUUGUCGCAUCGGCCUGUCUGCGGUUAGUCGGUUAUGGACGUAUCUCACAAUGGGCAGUUGGACGAGGCUUCAAGUGGAUGAUGCGCUUUACCACCGGUGUAAAGUUCGAGAUUGUUGAAGGCGAAGAACACCUCACUACCCGCCCCGCUGUCUUCAUUGGCAACCACCAGACCGAGCUGGAUGUGCUCAUGCUUGGCUGCGUCUUCCCACCAUACUGCAGUGUGACUGCCAAGAAGUCUCUGCGCAACAUUCCCUUCCUCGGCUGGUUCAUGUCUCUUUCUCGCACUGUCUUCAUUGACCGUGCCAACCGAGAGACUGCCCUCAAGGCAUUCGAUGGCGCCGCUGCCGAGAUGCGCGACCACCGCCAGAGUGUUUUUAUCUUCGCCGAGGGUACUCGAAGCUACUCCGAUGAGCCUACGCUCCUGCCUUUCAAGAAGGGUGCUUUCCACCUGGCAGUCAAGGCCGGUGUCCCAAUUGUGCCCAUUGUGACAGAAAAUUACUCCCACGUCUUGUCGCCCCGCGCCUGGCGAUUCAAUUCGGGUACUAUCAAAAUUAAAGUACUGCCUCCCAUCCAGACGCAAGACCUGAGCUCAGGGGAUGUGGACAAUCUCACUCAGUCUACACGCGCCUCGAUGCUAGCGACCCUCGCCUCAAUGACCCAUGUCCCCAAAAUCGAGGUUGAUACUUCCCGCGCCAACGGCGUGUCUAGCGCUGUUGAGAUCUAA